AUGCCUUAUACAACUCCAGCUGAAAUCAGGCGCAGAAAAACAGGCCAGGAACCAAAUGAACGCCCGGCUCUUGUGCGUGAUGAAGCUACCGUGGUCGACUACGAACAUGACUUUGCAUUUCUCCCGCUUUUCAAGGCAUUAUUUGGUCUAAUCAUCCUCAACUUUGCCGUGUCAUUGCUAGUGACUGGUACACCUUUAUGGGGUGAGUCUACGAAAUGGACUAACCAGAGGUAUCUUGCACAUGUUUCAAGAACAAUAUUUCGUCCUCUGCCAGAGUUUUCUGAUGCAGAGCUGGCGCUUUACGAUGGCGAAGCUAUUCACGAAGCUGCUGUGGCAAAUAGCCCAUAUAAGAUCCUGAUUGCUUUAAACGGAACAGUCUUUGAUGUAUCUGGAAGCCCGGAAACUUAUGGUCCUGGAGGUCCAUACCAUGGGUUUGCUGGCCGUGAUGCUGCUCGUGCAUUUGUGACUGGGUGUUUUUCUAAUCCUGCUGAAUACACUCACGAUAUGCGUGGACUUGAUCCGACAUUGGCUCAGGAAACUGUGACCGGCUGGACUCGGUUUUUCGAUACUAAUCAUAAGUAUUGGCGGGUCGGCACUGUUGUACACGAACCUUUAGAGCUUGACGAGGAUAUCAAUCCUCCCCCAGAACCAUGUUCCAACGGACGCGGACAAAAACCUGGGUUCCGCGACGAAUACAUUUUACGCAAAAAGAAAAAGAUGGUUAUCAAAAACAAGCUUUUUGAGUAA